AUGCCCUCCUAUCAACUUUUGCUGAUGGUUGACGAUCCCCAACUGAACGCGACGUACGGAGGAGGGCAAUGGGGGACGUCCACUUAUUUCCAGUGGUAUGGUGGUUCAAUAGGUUGGCCUAUAUUUGCCGAUAGCACUAGCGCGACCUUAACGGGGUUUGUUUUCUUGUCGUUUGAGGGGAUAGCGAUCGCUUUUGGAGGGAAUACGCCCAAAGUCUUUGGGGACUCGCAAACGUUGACUGUCUCCAUCGAUGGCGCACCCCCAUACAACACCUCGUACAAUGAUCCCACACCUCAAUCUUACGUGCAGUGGUAUCAGUCCCCGAUUUUGCCGGAGGGGACGCACAAUAUCACACUGACUCAUAUGGCUGGGACCGCCCUGGACUACGCGGUCAUCAGCGCUGGGCAGAAUACGCCUCUAACAGGGAAAACAGUUAUAGUCGACAACGAGGAUCCGUCUAUCAGGUUCACAGGAUCCUGGACACGCAAUACAGACCGAUUUCACUCUGGGACGGAGGGCUAUCCCUUCCAUAACAGCACGCAUCAGAGCACUACGUCAGGAACUAGUUUUAUUUUCCGAUUCUCGGGGACGUCUUUGAAUGUCUACGGAAUUCUGCAUUGGGCGGACCUCGGCACCCUCUCUGCAUCAUACACCCUCGAUGGUGCGACAACAGCACUAACCUAUUCCGUCACGACAUCGUCUUCCAAUUACCAGGACAACACUUAUGACCAACACAAUUUCUUGUUAUACAGUAACAGCAGCCUCACUGCGAGCGACCAUACCCUCGUUGUUAAAGUCACUGAAUGCGUCAAUCAAACCUACUAUGCCGAAUCUCACUUUACCCGCCUCUACCAAUGGAACAUCGCCUACCACCACCACAUCAACCCCCGUGGGAGCUAUAUCAAUAUCCAUGAAAUCGCACUCACCAUUUUGACGAUUCUUUUCGCCCGUGCUGCCCUUGAAACUAACGCUGGUUCAGCCGUGCUGCUGCAAUCAGGUCCACCACGGGUGGUGCACAAGAGUUCUCGGAGUCGUGGUGGGGAAACUGCCGAUAUCAGUACGAGCAGGGGAAAUGGAAUGGAGAUGAGGGAAGCACGCCCGUCCGUUGCCCCACCAGCUUAUCAGGAGUUGUAG